AUCAAACCUCAUAUAUUAUUGAAGGAUCCUUCUUCUCCCAUAAGUUUCGCAAUUCAACCCUUCCGACUUCUCCAAAACCCCUCGCGGGGAAAAUCCCAGUUCAGAUCAAGAUGGCGACCUAUGGCACAAUCCCGACUGCUUCCGGCGAAUCCUCGCCGCUGGAUUUCAUCUCCCGCGCCAAAGCCCGCGGCCGAUCGGCUCUCGCGACUCUGCGGUCAUGGCGGGAGAUGGUCCAUUUUCACGCCUUCUCCCUUCCGCUGAGCCUGGGUGAUUCCUACCUCCGUAUCAGAACCAACGCCGGGUACUUUGCCAUGAACUAUGCCAUCGUCGUCCUCCUCAUCGUCUUCCUCAGCCUCCUCUGGCACCCGAUCUCACUGAUCGCCUUCGUUGUCGCGAUGGUUGCCUGGCUUUUCCUCUAUUUCCUACGCGACGAACCUAUUACCGUUCUUGGACGCACUAUCAAUGACCUAUAUAUUCUCAUCGCUCUCUCUGUAUUGACUCUCGUUCUUCUGCUGCUCACCGACGCUACUGCAAAUAUUCUGAUCUCGUUGCUGAUUGCAGUGGUGGUUGUUUUGCUUCACGCACUGUUUCGGAGGACCGAUGAUCACUUCCUCGAUGAGGAGGCAGUGGGGCCGGGAGGCUGGUACGCAGCCAUUGGAGAAUCAGGUGGACCUUCGCGGAAAUCUUAAUGAACUACCAAACAGGUUGGAUUGUGAUUUGAUUUAAUACUUAUACAUAUGUUUCUGAUUCUGUAUCGAUUUCGUUUUUCAAUGUUUCGACGAUUUAGGGCUUUCAUCUUUGAGAUGUUCUUGAAGAAAAUGGAUUGGGGAUUUUUUGUUUUUCUUUGUAAUUUCGUUAUUCUAUUGCCAAAUCUUCCCCAAUCUGCUGUUCUAGGGUUAGGGUUCUGGUUUGUGUAUUCGGAAUGCUUGUGAUGUGCAUAAAUUAUUUUUAAGGUGUAUUAUUUAUAUAAAUAUAUAUUAUAAUGGAUAUUGAUUUGCAACUA